AACCAUGAGCGACAUCAGCAUAUAUAUCACAUCAGACCUCACCUCCUCCGAGAGGAAAGUAUCUCCCCAGUGGUCAAUUACGCACCUUAAGAUCCGCUUGGAACAGAUCACCGGGAUCGCCCCCAAGUUUCAAACCAUCCACCUUUAUCGCAUUUCCAACUCGAAUGAGUAUGAGGUGGUAGCAGACUCCAACAGUUACAACCGCCAAGCCGAUGAUCACAGCACGGUGGUGGCGCUCAACUUGGUACCAUUUUGCCGUCUUCAUGUGGUGGACGCCGACCCCAACUCUGAAAUGAGCCAGUUGGCGGCAGAAAAGCCUGAAUUUGAAUCCUACCAAAUGACCGAAGAAGAGUAUGCUAAAAGAUCCAAUACGGUGUUGGAGUGGAAAUCUCGCAACCAGUUAGGCCGGUUCGAUCCCCAAUUUAACCAAGAGAAGGCCCGCAAGCUUCAACUUGAGGAAGAAGCAGCCCUGUCAAUGAAGGUUGGUGAUCGGUGUAGAGUCAUCAACAUUCAGGGCGAGAGAAGAGGAACCAUCCGGUCCGUCGGCAAGAUCGAUGUGCUCGACAACGGUGAGGGCGUCUGGGUCGGGGUGGAGUUUGACGAGCCGGUGGGAAAGAACAAUGGACUGAUUGGAAGUGUUAGAGUGUUUUCGUGUAAGGACAAGCACGGAAGCUUUAUCAAACCGCAGAAAGUUGAAGUUGGUGACUAUCCCGAGCUCGAUCCAUUUGGCAGCGAUGAGGAAGAGUUGUAAUGGUCCAAUUGGACCUGGUUCAAAAAAAAAAAUUCAUCAACUUUGUUGGCGGGCUACGCUGUGGUGCCGGUGAUUUCUCACCAAAUUUCCCAGGAAGUCUCGGUUUCAACAUUUUUUCCACUUGCCACCAUCACACAAACAUGUCACAAACAAGAGGCACGUUCGACUUCAUCUUUGACUACGUUGACAGAGAGUCUUACACAAAGUACUUUCGGUUGGUAGUUGCUGUAUGUGGUUAUAUCAUUGUUCGUGGGCUCUACCAGAAGUGGGCCACCAAGUUCCAUAUCCAGCAAGAAGUGAACAGAGACAAUGCGGAAAAAGCGGCCAAGCCUGCCAAAGACGCGGAACUCCAGAAACAGUACGAAGAGAAGUUGCAGCAGGAGGCCAAGACGUUUGGGUGGGGGAAGAAAACCAGAAGAGACACCAAGUUGAAACAGGCAUAUAUUGAAGAUCAGUUCAAUGAGUUAAGACAGAGGCAUCAAAGCGCGUACGACGCGGCCGAAGAUCAUGACAUCGAGUACCUUCUUGAGGACUAGGUGUGGGUGUCAGGGCCAUACUUUUUGGUUAAUUCAUAUAUUAUGUAUUUAUUACUAUAUCAUAACAGAUUCUACGAUGGUCGCAGCCUGUAUAGGGCCCGCACUCUUCGCAGCGAAAGUUUUUUCAAUCAUCUCACUAGCAUUAUAUCUCCAACAGAAACACAUUCACAAUGGCAGGAGACCCGUUCCUUUCUGAUCCCUCAAGGAAGAGGAAGCGUGCCAACCGGCAGACCAGCACCGUGAACAGAAAUACCAAAAAUGGUGGCCGAUCCACUGAGCGUAUGUCUCGAGUUCCCCAAGACGAUGAGAUCUCUGGGUCCAGUGACACCGAUGAUAACUCCAACAAUAUCAGUGAUAGAGACGUCGAGCAGAUGUCAUCGGACGAGGAGUUCCAGGACGAAAACGCCGCCGACAAGAGAAGACGAUUGGCCAAACAAUACCUCGAGAAUUUGAAAAACGCAGACCUCGAUGAAGACGAUGAGUUCAACGCAAAGGACUUGGAUGAUGAUAUUGUUGGCCGCCGAUUGCAACGGGACGUGGCCGAGUCUAAGGGUCACAUGUUCAAGUUCUACGGGGCCAAGUUUUCGCUGCAGAUGGAAGAAGUCCGGCCGGUGGUGACCAGAAUUGGGUCCAAGAACCUCACGGGCAUCGCCAUUCACCACCCAUAUUUAUACACCGUUUCCAAGGACAUCGAGUUGGUGAAGUGGCAGAUCCACGCCGACAAACGCAAGCCGAGCCGCGUGAAGCACACGAAGGGUGGAUCCAAGUACUCUGAUCUCAGAGAUGAGCAACACCGAAACCACCACCACGCAGCCAUUAAUUGUGUGGCCACAUCUCCCGACGGGAGGUUCGUGGUGACUGGAGGCGACGACGGCCGGCUCAUCAUUUGGUCCACCGAGAACCUAGCGUGCUUGAAGGUGUUGGAAACGCGAGCAGCCGUCAACUCCCUAAGUUUUAGAAGAAACUCCGACCAGCUCUAUGCUGCCUGUGCGGACCUCAAGGUGAGGACAUAUUCCGUCACCCAAUUCUCCCAGUUGGAGACGUUGUACGGCCACCAGGACAAUAUCGCCGACAUCUCGUCCUUGUCGAGGGAGACAUGUGUAUCGGUGGGUUCUCGUGACCGAACUGCGUUAUUCUGGAAAAUCGCCGACGAGUCUCGUUUGACGUUCCGCAGCGGUGAUGGGGCCAAACCGGCAAAGGGCCUGGACACCUUCCGGUCGGAAGGACUGCUUGACUGUGUGUCGAUGGUGGAUGAGUCCCACUUUUUGACGGGGUCUGAUAACGGAAACUUGUGUCUUUGGUCGCUUGCAAAGAAGAAGCCUGUUUUCACCAGGCGAUUGGCACACGGGCUCGAGCCGGAAAUGGCACCAGCUCGUGCCAGUGCCGAAACCGCUGCUGGGGUUGAAAUUCAGGUACCCAUAAGACAACCGUACUGGAUAACGUCGGUGUAUGCGAUUCCGUUCAGUGAUGUGUUUGUGACCGGAUCGUACAGCGGAGACAUCAAGGUGUGGAAGAUUGAUAGAGAAGGUAUGAGGAGUUUUGAGGUGAUUGGGUCGUUGGCUGCAAAAGGCUGCGUGAACCGAAUCGCGGUGGCAGAAUUUACCAGUGCAAAGAAGAUAGUUGUGUAUGCAUUGGUGGGUAAAGAGCAUAGGUUUGGCCGGUGGCAGAAGGUGGAGGGCCGGAAUGCCUUGGUAUCAUUUGCAUUUAACAUUUAAUACAUAGUAAUAUAAGAUAUUAUAAUGGAGUUUACAAUGAUGGAAUAUGCUCCAUCAUCGUCAAAAUGCUGCUUCGUCUUCGCCAUUAUCGGCAAAAUCGUCGUUUCCGUCAUCAAAAUACUUUUCAGCAUUGUAGUCAUCAUCUUCGUCAUCCUCGAACUCGUCUUCUAUAUUAUCAUCGUCUUCAUCGUCGUCCGGGUCCAUAUCAUCUCCGUUAAUGUCAUCUUCCUUGGUGUCAAGAUCUACAGCCAUAUCUUUCAACUGCUCGAGAACCAAUUUUGACUUGUCUUCCAGUAUCGGCAGGGGUGCUUUGACGUCGCUGUGGAUCUCGUGUGCUGCUUUGUAGGAAGAUAACCCUAUUUUCUUCUUUUUACUGACUCCCAUCACCGAGUAUAGUUCUUGGGGGAAGAACUCAAGAUUAUAAGGAUGGUCUUCGAUGGUGGAGCCAAUUUUUUUGACCUUUUUGUACUUAUCGGAGUGUCUUUCGAUUCCGUCGGGGUGGGUGGUAGGGGUUACCUGUUGCUGGCUGUCGACAGAAUUACCAGUGUAGAAGGGGCCGUCUAGUACGAGUUUGGUGAGGUUUAUGGCUUGGAUGGCUUGAUCUUUUUCGGCGGCAGACAACGGGGCGUUGACGGGGAGUAUAAGUUUAGGUUUCUCCACAUCGAAGCUUGUGGUCAACACGUCGCUGUAGUCCAAGCCAAAUGGUAAAAUGGUUCUACCAAACCCUUUUGAUCUGAAGGACAUGGUGU